CUGUUGCAGGUGGUUUGGUGGGAGGCUUAUCUGUGAUACUUUUUGUAAUUGUAUUUACUUAUGUUAAGCGUUACAAGAAAAAUAAGAAGACAGACCAUACUAUAACAACAGUGAAAAACGAUACAGCUAUUUACUACGCCAAUGAGAAUACUGCAAUGAGCCAAGCAGAUGAAGUGACAUACGAGACACCGAAAAAAACUGAAGAAGAAUCAUACGAACAACUAACUUACAAACAACCAGAUUCUGAUACCUCAGCGGAAAAGGCAUUGGACGGCACAUAUAAGAAUUUACCACCUUCAAGUCCAGAGAAAGUGGUCGAGAAUACACACCACGUGAGACCCAAACAUCAUGUGGUAACGAGUCUCAGUAAACCUAAGAAAUCAAAGCAUACGAUAACAAAACUGAAUACACCUAUCACCUAUGUCAAUUUGAGUAAUGCAGUGAGCAAGGCAGAAGAAUCAGCUUAUGAGACACCUAUACCAACUGUACAAAAUUCGUACGAACAACUAACUUACAAACAACCUGCUUGUGAAACAUCUACGGAAAACAACAGGUAUGAAAAAUAUACCACCACUUUGAUUUUUAUACUAUUUUUCCAAUGUAAUAACAUGCAGCGACCUUGUUUCAGGAUAAUUUAUGAUGUGAAUAUAAUGAACAAAAUAUUAUACAAUUUCACUAUUAUAUGAUUAAAUUUUC